GACGAACGGGUGCUUUCAUUAUUGUCCGACAGGAACAAAUGACUCAUCGCUUUCUAGUUCUCACAGUUCAUGUAGGAAGCUGACCGUUCAGACAAAAACAACGCAUUCGCAUUCUUCUAAUGUAGCUAUAUGUGAAAAGGAGAGAGUUGUGACAAAUGAUGUCACCCCAGUGUGGGUCUCUUCUACACUGAACGCGAGCAGUGGGCGGGGUUAGGUGUGGAAGCGGGUGUUGUCAAUCAUGGACAGCCAAUGCAGUGGCAGUAUGGAUUCUCGAGCCAUGCCCUGGGGCAUGGGCUCCGCAAGCUCCACCCCCCUCUCAGCCCAUGUGGAGUCUUACGAGCUGGCGGAGAAGAAAUGUAUCUCUGAUGUGAGGAGGACCUUCUGCCUCUUCGUGACCUUUGACCUGCUCUUUGUCACGCUACUGUGGAUUAUAGAGCUGAAUGUGAAUGGAGGUAUUCAAAACCAACUGGAUAAGGAAGUGUUGCACUACGACUACCAUGCAUCCUUUUUUGACAUAUUUCUGUUAGCUGUGUUCCGCUUCGCAUCCCUAAUCAUGGCAUAUGCCGUGUGUAAGCUGCGCCACUGGUGGGCGAUUGCGAUUUCAACGGCAGUCACCAGCGCUUUCCUUAUUGCGAAAGUCAUUUUAUCGAAGCUCCUGUCCCAGGGUGCUUUUGGUUACCUGCUGCCCAUUGUGUCAUUUGUGCUGGCUUGGAUAGAGACCUGGCUGCUGGACUUCAAGGUGCUGCCACAGGAAAAUGAUGAUGAGAAUAGGUAUCUGUGUGCGCUGGAUGCUGCUGAGAGGGCCCCCCUCAUGCGCCCCCCGGGCCCUAUGUCUGACGGCCAGUUCUACUCGCCUCCGGAGUCUGUGGCAGAUUCUGAUGAUGAGUUAUUGGAUGAGGAUAAACAUGACCCUGAGAAGCCCAUUAUCUAACAGGAACCCUCUUCUCACAGCCAUGUGGCGUAAACACAUGCUGGGGCCACCAUACUGGUGUCUGACAACCCCCCACCCCCACCCCCACCCCCCGAAGCUCAGCAAACCCUCAUGGUUUCCACUCUUCCCACCAAUCCUGUCUGAGCAGGAGGAUGGGAGAGGAGCCCGCCACGUGCCCACCACCACUGUCUUCUUCAACCCCUGGUCCACUCAUUUCAUUUCACAGAACAAACUGGUGAAGUGCAGUGCCUUUUGCCAGAGACAUUUUAACUUAAAUGCUUGUCAGACCGUUUUCAAACUUUUCUUUUCUUGUCUGUGCCAUCUCCCACGUGAACAAAGCCUGGAUGUUGAGGAGGCUGAGGGUCCUUACGGAUUGGGAGUGAAGGAUUCUGGGUCCGCUUUGUGCCUGUACGAUAUGCUCUGCUAUGCUCUGCCCUGUACCCUCCACACACAGUCACAGCUCCCAAUGUCUUCACUGCAGAAAGACUCUGAAAAAAAAAAAAGAACUGCAGCACUCCCCUGAGUAUGUGUCAAAACAAAAUGUGACUGAAACUUUGCAUCUUGAUGGGCUUUAGGAAGGUAUGUCAUAUUCACAGUAAUGAACAGUACAGCGUGCAAUAUUCACAGUAAUGUACAGUACAGCGUCCAAUAACAUGUGAUCCUAGUUUUGUGUUUGAUCAUCGCAUGGCUGGCAGAUGUGGCCAAGGCCUUGAAAAGGUGCUCUGGUGUCAUCUGUGUUUUCUGCACGCGUUCAUGUCCUAGUGAAGGACCUCGCAUGUACUCACACAGAGGUCUGUUCACAGUGAAGGGCUAACCUAACUGGACACCCAACAAUAUGCUCUUAACGUAUGAAGUGAUGUAUUUGUAUGCAUGAACAUGUAAUCUGUAGUUAGUUUGUUUUUAUGUGUGAGCGGACAUUGUGUGCUCUGUGCUCUGACCGAGAUGAUGACACCACGCAGAGAGGAGCUCGCUUUAGAACACGUCCGGCACCAUUCUGUGCCGGGCCACACUGGGCCCACAUCCGGUCCUCGUCUGGCCCAGAACCGGCUGCUCUCCCGGUAGCCACAGCUGCUAAUGAGGGCUCAUGCACUGUGUGCAGGAAAAACAAGCACUGGUGACGCAUUACAACGUUUCGAAAUGAAACCAAUUUUGUCUUUUUAUUUGCCACAAUAAAUAUACUGUUGAUUAUUUUAACAAAAA